AUGUCUCUCCUCCUGCAGCCCUCUCUUCUUCUCAGAAGACUGCCUCCCGCCCUGAGAACUGCAGCCCUUCGUCCUGCCAGUUUGCCGCGCCGAUCCGUCCCCCGCUUCGCAAACAGUCUCACCCGCUAUCAGAGAUUUUCUGCGUCUGCCAUCAUGAACUCCCAGGAGCUUGUACACUACCUGGCUGACCAGCCACCCACCGUCGUCAGACUGGAGAUUGAGAAGCACUUCGAGGCCCUCAACGACAAGCAGAAGCGUUAUGCCCAUUUCAUCAGCAAGGCCUCAUUUGCUGGCACCAGGAUCGUCCUGCGGCAGCUGUCCCCAGAGUCUGAGCCCAUCUAUGACUUGAUCAUCUCCCUUCACAAGAGCUCCGGUGGUGAUUGGGAUGCUCUUGGCAAGAAGGCUGGCAUUGACCAGUCUGAGCUGACCAGCUUCCUCGAGUAUGCCGUCAUGUUCCUGGGCAACUCUGGCAACUACAAGAGCUUUGGUGAUUCCAAGUUUCUCCCUCGCUGCACCGAGAAGAGUGUGGCUGCUCUCGCUGCCACUUGCCCGGAAGCCUCCAAGUUCUAUGCUGCUACCAAGGGUGCCAUCUUCAGCGCCGAGACCCCAGCCUCGCUGCACCUGGGAUUCCCUGAUGCUGGCCACAUGACAACCUACUAUCCCGACUCUCCUGAUAUCACCAAGGCUGAGAUCGAGGCUGUUUCUGCCUGGAUGGAGAAGAAGGGCUUGCUUCCCGAGAACAACCGUCUACGGAAGAACAAGGAUGGCAACUUUGACAUUCUGAUCGCCUCAGCAAUCACCCAAGCCCCGGCUGAAGGAGGUGAUAUUGGCAAGGAGACCAAGUUCACUGUCGAGGAUGGCCUGCUAAAAGACAAGACCAUCAGCCUCGUGUACGGCGACUACGCCGACGAGAUGAAGAACAUCACUGCAUACAUCAAGCAGGCUGGUGCAAAUGCAGACAACACCACUCAGGAGAAGAUGCAUGAGGCAUACGCCAAGUCCUUCGAGACUGGUUCCCUGGAAGCAUUCAAGGACAGCCAGCGCUACUGGAUCAAGGACAAGGGCCCCAUGGUGGAGAGUAACAUUGGAUUCAUUGAAACCUACCGUGACCCGGCUGGUAUCCGUGGUGAAUGGGAGGGAUUUGCUUCAAUGGUCAACAUGGAACGAACUCGAGCCUUCGGUGAGCUUGUGGCAUCAGCACCUGCUCUCAUCCCCCUUCUGCCAUGGGAGAAGGAGUUCGAGAAGGACAAAUUCCUGUCACCUGACUUCACUUCUUUGGAAGUUUUGACCUUUGGAGGAUCUGGUAUUCCCGCUGGAAUCAACAUUCCUAACUACGAUGACAUUCGCCAAACGGAAGGUUUCAAGAAUGUAUCACUUGGCAACGUCCUCAGUGCCAAGGCCCCUAACGAGAAGAUCCCUUUCAUUCGCGACGAGGAUCUAGAAGUUUACAGGAAAUACCGCGACGCCUCGUUCGAAGUCCAAGUUGGUCUUCAUGAAUUGACAGGACAUGGAUGCGGCAAGCUUCUCCAAGAAACAUCUCCCGGAGUCUUCAACUUCGAUAAGGAGAACCCUCCUGUUAGCCCAGUGACCGGAAAGCUCAUCACCACAUGGUACAAGCCUGGCCAGACUUGGGGAUCUGUUUUCGGCAGCAUCGCUGCUUCGUACGAGGAAUGCCGUGCUGAGCUGGUCGCUAUGCAUCUCAGCUGCGAGUUCUCUGCGCUCAAGAUUUUCGGUUUUGGUGAUGGAUCUAUAAAUAUGGACGGCGAGGCUGGAGAUGUCCUUUACGCCUCAUACCUCUCCAUGGCUCGAGCCGGCCUUGCCUCUCUGGAGAUGUGGGAUCCCAAGAGCCAGAAGUGGGGACAGGCACACAGCCAGGCUCGCUUCUCUAUUCUAAAGUGCUUCCUUGAGGCUGGUGACGACUUCUGCAAGCUCGACUACACGGCUGAGGAUCUCUCUGAUCUGACCAUCAAGUUGGACCGGUCCAAGAUUCUUACAGCUGGUCGCGAUGCCGUCGGCAAGUACCUGCAGAAGCUGCACAUCUACAAGUCCACGGCCGAUGUGGAGACUGGUAACAAGUUCUACGUCGACAUGACCACCGUCGGUCUGGACUUCUGGGGAACCAAGGUUCGUGACAUUGUGCUAAAGAACAAGCAGCCCCGCAAGGUUUUCGUCCAAGCCAACACCACUCUGGACGAGGCAUCCGGAAAGGUAUCAAUCAAGCACUACGAGGCUUCCCUGGCAGGCAUGGUCCAAAGUUGGGUGGAUCGAAACUUGUAA